UUUCUCAAAUGAAUUUGUUAUAGAUGUUUGAUUGUAGAGGUUAGGGUUAGAAUGUUAUGCUAUUUAUUUUUUGACCUUUAUGGUUAUUGUUAGUGUUAUUUUAUACUGAAUAAAUUUCUAUGGUUUGAAUAAAAAAUGUAUAGGGCAAAUCUAAGCUUAUGAUAAGGAUUUUAUUAAAAAUUUUAAGCUAUAGCCAACUCUUAGGCCUACAAUAAUUAGAUUUAUUUGAAAGUUAUCAUGCUGAGUUUACCUAUUCGUUUUCUAUUGAGAACUGUUUUAAUAAUUGAAAAAAUUCCUGCAUCCUGCAAGUGUACUAACAAUGAAAAGGCAAAUAUAAUCAAGAGCCUCAAUGCAGAAAACAAAUAUAUCUAUGGGAGUUUGUUGGAAACUCAGAAACAACGUAGAAAACGCAUUAGUAAGACUGUAGAUGGUGUUCCUGGUAGUGCUAAAAAGUUAGAACCAGAAAAAAAGUCGGAAGUUUCGACAGAUUUUGGAGAUGAAAUUGAAAGCCAAAAGAGUUCCAGAAAAAGAAAAAAGAAGUCAAAAUCAAGUGAAAUUCAAACCGAUUCAAAGGAGUCAAUUAAUUCUUUGCCUCCGGAUGUUCCUCCCACUAAUGUUACUUUAGGAGAUAAUAAUCAGACUUUGGAAAGUGAUAGUCAAGAAAUUACUAGACAAAAAAUAAAAAAUUCCAAUAGUUCUAAAAUUUUUACUGAUACUCCAAUUUUACCAAGGAAAAGUAAGGUCAAAAACAACCCAGCCGUAGAAAAUUCAGAUGAGUUUGUUUUUAAAUCCUCGGUUUCUAUAGAUGAGAAAAGUUAUCCACUGCAAAAUCCAGAAAAAUUAGAAAUGUUCAAUCAGGAUACUCAAUUAGAAAAUGUUUUAAAUUAUACCUUCUCCGAUCCGUUAAUUAAAAACUAUUCAAAGUUUCCUUCUGUUAGUAAAAUUAUGGAAGAAACUAUGCCAGAGAAGAACAGAAUGAUUCUAAGCAAAUGGCGGAAAAACAUGAUAGCAGAGCUGGGAGAGGAAGGAUUUAAUAAUUAUAAUGCAGGUCUGAAAACACGAGGUUCAGAGUUCCACCUGGCUGUGCGGAAGGCUGUGCUUGGGGAGUCGGCAAACGACUACAGUGAGGUUACUGCCAACGCUCUUCAGAGCCUGGCAUGGAUGAUGCCCCAUAUCUCUAAGCCCUUGGCAGUGGAGAGCAUUGUGGGACAUUCCAAGCUGGAGUAUAAGGGCAUCCCUGACUGUGUAGCUUUGUUUAGGAAUGUACCUGUGGUAAUUGACUGGAAACUAUCUGACAAGCCCAAGAAAGAGCUGAAGGAUACUUACGAGGCUCCUGUUCAGAUCGCAGCUUACAUCGGGGCUUUCAACCACGAUCCUAACUACAAGUGGGGGGUUAGUCAUGGGUUGGUUGCCGUUGCCUACAGUAAUGGAGACCCUUGUGAUGUGUUCCUCCUUUCACCUCAAUACUGUCAGAUAUACUGGCGUCACUGGCUCAUGCGUUUUGAUAAAUUUAAGGCACGUACUCAUCUUCAUGUGGAUCACAAUAUAGAUGAAGCAUCUCUUGGAUUUGUAUAAUUAAGUCCAGGUGAAGCUUUUCGGCUUUUGCCAUGUAUAAUUCAAAAUUAAUUACUGUUAUUUUUAUUUUUACUAAAAUAUAUUUGUUAUAAAAUUUUA